ACCUAUUAGUGUGUGACACACCGUGAGUACGUACUCCACCAUGUGGGAUGACUGAAGGCGGUUUUGAAGUUUCUAAUUUUACAAUAGUCGUUGCUUACGUUUUGCUAAAAGAAUGAACUGGUGUUGUUUUAGCUUAAAAGUAUAUUUACAAAAUUUAUUGUGAGUUUUAAAAAAUAUAUUUAUCGGCUUUACUUCGAUUUAAAUCAUGGGGAAAUCAAAGACCAAAAAUCAGAAGAAGGCUCGAGCUGAAGCCAGCCAUGAGGCAGAGGAGGCGUACAGAUCUGUGCCCCACUCCUUCGUGUUUCACCGGGGUCAGGUUGGGAAAAAUGUCGGYCAGCUCAUCAUGGACAUGCGGAAAGUCAUGCAGCCGUUCACCGCUGAGUCUCUGAAGGUCCGGAAAAAGAAUGUCCUAAAAGAUUUUGUGUCAGUUGCGGGACCACUUGGAGUGACCCACUUUAUAAUUUUUGGCAAAACUCCUAACAGCGUCAACAUGAGAGUUGCUCGCCUUCCCAAAGGUCCCACGCUUUAUUUCAAAGUCCUUAAGUAUUCUCUUAUCAAAGACGUGAUAUCCUCUCUGAAGAAGCACAGGAUGCACGAGCAGCAGUUCAUGCAUCACCCACUUCUUAUCCUCAGUAACUUUGGGAUGGAUGGCAUGCACGUCAAACUGAUGGCCACCAUGUUCCAACACAUGUUUCCUUCUAUUAACGUGCAAAAGGUUAACCUCAACAACAUUAAGAGGUGUGUGCUGCUUCAUUUCGACCCAGAGUCCCAGGAAAUACAAUUUCGUCACUACAGCCUGAAGGUCGUCCCUGUCGGGAUGAGCCGAGGAGUAAAGAAGUUGAUGCAGGAGAAGUUCCCCAAUAUGAGCAAAUUUGAGGACAUCAGCGAGCUGCUGAUCAAGGGAGCAAAUCUUUCAGAAAGCGAGGCUGAACAGGAUGGCGAGGACAACAUAACUGAACUUCCACAGAUCUACUCUGGAAGAGGCAACAUGGCCUCCCAGCAGAGCGCUGUCCGCUUGACUGAAAUCGGUCCUCGUAUGACCCUGCAGCUGCUAAAGAUUCAGGAGGGGAUGGGCGAAGGGAACAUUCUUUACCACUCUAUAGUAUCUAAGACUGAGGAAGAAAUACAGGAGAUCCUGAAAAGAAAAGAAGCUCAGAUAAAAGAAAAAGACGAACGUCGUAACCAACAGGAACAGAAUAUUGCUAAGAAGAACAAAAUGCGGGAAGAGCACAAGAAAAAGAGUCUUGAAGGCAUAAAGAAGAAACGAGCCGAAGCUGAAGAGGACAGUGAGGUGGAAGAUCCAGGGAAUCAGGAUGAUAAAGCUGCUGUUGAAUCUGACGAUGAUGUGGAGUACUACAGGCAGGCUGUGGGGGAAGAACCAGAUGAAGACAUGUUCCCGGGUGCCAAGAAAAGGAGACGCUCAGAAGAGUCUCAGAAACCUGCCAAGAAGAGGAAGUUGUCUCCUGCGACGUCCUCAAAAGAAAAAUUUUCCAAAUCACCGAAAAGAAAAGGUGCAGGAGGACAAAACAGAGACAAAACGGAAAAAGACAGACAUGCAAAAGGGUGGAAGAAAUCUAAGGACGGGGAGAAAACUUUUAAAAAGAAAAAAUUCCCCCCAGGAAAAGCGUUCGGCUUCAAGAAAGGUGGGGAGAGAGAAAAUAAAUUUGGUCAAAAAAAGUUUGGUGAUAAGAGAAACAAAGACAAGUCAUUCAGAUCUAAAGGCCAGAAAAACCAGUCGGGUUUCAAGAAAAAAGGUGCAGGACGAAAUCAAGGCUUCGCAAAGAAGAAAGGAAAAAGCCCCACCACCAUCAUUCCAUUCCCGAAGAAACGUGUCGUGACCUGCCUGAAUGAUUAUCGGCCUGUUGCACUCACUCCAAUAGUGAUGAAGGUUUUCGAGAGRAUUGUCAUGGGUCACAUCCAGGAGGUCGUCCCUGCCACUCUGGAUCCUCUACAGUUUGCGUAUCGUCAGAACCGAUCCACUGACGACGCAGUCAACACUGCCAUCCACACAGCCCUCACACACCUGGAGGGUGAAGGACACCUAUCUGAAUGUGAAAUGGCGGGCAACUUCUCUGACUGUGAGAAGUUUCAGAUCGGCGUGCUGCCUGCGGUGUACGGAGUGGAGUUUGUGGUGGCCUUGGCAGGAAAUGUGUUCGCCCUUUGGCUUCUGCUCACCAAAGAACGACGGAACUGGCACACGGGCGUCGUGCUGUCCUGUAACCUGGCCAUCAGCGACCUGCUGUACGUCUUCACCCUGCCUCUGCUGAUUGUCUACUACUCACUUGGGAAAGACUGGCUGUUCGGUGAAGCCGUGUGUAAAAUUGAAAGGUUCCUUUUCACCUGCAACCUGUACGUGAGCAUCUUCUUCAUCAUGGCGAUAAGCGUGAACAGAUGCGUGGCCCUCAAGUGGCCCUUCUUUGCUCGCUCCCACGUGGAGCCUGCUCACGUCAAAGUCAUCAGCAUGGUCAUAUGGGCCGUCGUCGGAGUCAUCUCCUCUCCUGUGUUGAAGUUUGCCUCCAUUUGUGGCCAUGACUACAACAAUAAGACUCUAUGUGUGUCCUUUUGUGAUCAGGAUGAGGAAAAUGCAGAACCCUUCCURAUUUACAGAUAUUUACUGGCUGUGUUUGGCUGUCUUGUCCCCUUUCUUGUGACUUUCGCUUCCUACUGUGUGGUGAUACGGGUAGUGUGGCAAAAUGUCAACAUAACAAGGCUUGAAAAACGCAAGAUUGCCUUGUUAGUCUCAUCAGUGCUCGUCAUGUAUGCUGUUUCCUUUGUGCCCUAUCAUAUCUCCCAAAUCACUCACUUCUACAAUAGGAUCCACAACCGUAACAAACCAAUUUGUUGGAUCUACAACAUGUACCAAAUGACUAAGGGGCUGGCAACGCUGAACAUGUGCAUCCAUCCUAUACUCUACAUGGCUGUGUUUGACAGCAUAAGAGUAGCUUGUUGUGGAAGCAGCUCAGAGGAAAAGACUCAAGGGACGAUGAGGAAGUAGAGCUGUUACUUGGUGAUUUUAUGUAAAUUAACUACAACCAUUUCUCUGACUUGAAAAAUAAUAAGCUAAAUAUCACAUUGCAAAUACACACACUUCUUGUUUACAGCUGUU